AUGGAUGCAGACGAGACACCGACGACGAAGCGCAUCAAGUCGGAGCAGACGUCUGUCGAGCCUGAUGAGGCUGCUGCAGUGUCGGCGCUUGCUGGGGAGAGCGCUGUGAAGGCGGAGCAGGAGGUGUUGGUAUCAGCGUCCGAAGCCGGGCUGCCUCUGUCGGACGCUGUCAAGCUCGAGCCCACGCUUGCCGACUCCGCAUCACCCGUGACGGAAGUCCCACCGACAAAGAAGAAGAAGACUAGCACCAAGGCGUCUUCUUCAAAACCCAAAAAGGUCCCCAAGAAGACCAGCGCUCCUUCCACCGAGACCAUUCGGAAAGCCAAACCCAGCCCCUCGCCUACACCCCCACCGCCCAUGCUCGAGGAAGACGAGGAUCAAGCACUCUACUGCACCUGCCAGCGGCGACAGGACGACGUGGAGGGCGGCAUGAUCAUGUGCGAUCGCUGCGACGGGUGGUAUCACUACCGAUGCAUGCGGAUCACGGAGCUCGACGCUGAGCUGGUGGACCAAUUCAUCUGUCCACCGUGCCACGAGGUGACCGGGGAGGAGACGACGUACAAGGUGGGAUGCGCAAGAGAGGCGUGUAGAAGAGCAGCAGGGGGGCCGUUCAGCAAGUUUUGCUCGCAGAGAUGCGGGGUGCUGAUGGUAAGUGAGAGGAUGGGGAGGUUGGGCGUGAGGAGUGCGGGGGCGGUGGAGGGGUGGAGGGGAGAUGCGAGGGUGGGGAAUGCGAGGAGGACGGAAGGACUGACGCAGCAGGGCGAGGGAUCUAAAGCCGAAUGGGAGACAGUGGUAGAGAAGCUCGAUGUGGGUGGAAGCAGCUCAUCGAUACAGCGGCUAGGGCUCGCAGGCGCGUUCGAUCUCUUGCUCAAGAGUGCCAUCUCGCCAACAUCAGCUCGCGCCACCACAUCGAACGGAGCAGUCAACGGCACAUCUCUCGAACCAGCACCAUCUGCAUCACCGAAUACCGCACACGAAGCGAAACUCACCUCCUCAGCAACCUCCCUCCUGGCAAUCACCGAGCAACUCUCCCUCAUCACGCACCAAAUCUACUCGGUCGACCUGCAAAAGUCCGCCCUCGACGCGCGACUAGACCGUCUCGAUUCACGCAGCGACCUUCUCCAUCUGGUCUCCGACCGAGUGCCCACUCUACCAGCCAUCUCCACCGCCAACGGUCCAGCCGGCGAUGAGGAGGACGAAGAAAUGGCCGAAGUGAAGCCCAAAAAGAAGAAGGGGUCCAAACCCAAACCCACCACCGACGCGGGUCCGCGGUGUGGCUACGACGCACGUCUGCACUGGGACAACUACACCUUCGACGCGUGGUCCCGCGCCCCACCUGGCUCACUUAUGCUGAAACACGACCUGCCGCUGGACGGCACGCUCGAAGACACCGUCUGCGGUCUCGCCAAACGCAAGUGUCGACGUCAUCUGGAUUGGAGCAACCUGUGCGAGCUCGCGCUGGACGCGGAGAAGGGCGGGUUGAGCGGCGAAUCGCGUGCGCUGGCGGGGUUGAAGUUGCGGCUGGUCGAGCAGCGGGAGGCGCUGGAAAGGGAGAGGGAGGUAGUAAGGGAGCUGGCGGAGAUGGAGGAGAGGAGAGAGAGGAGGAGGAGAGAGGAGCGGGAUAGAGAUGUGGCGAUGCGGAUGGCGAAUGAGGGGACGAGGAGGGGUUGA